AAAAAACGACCGAGGAUAAGCAGCUCUGGCACCGAUACGGAAUCUAUGGAAGCAGCCCAAGAUGGCGCCUACAUCCAAAUGACGCUAACAGAAUAUCAAAGUUUCUUAUUAAGACUUACAGCUAUCGAAGACAACACUAAAAUCCGUGAAGAACGAAUUCUUAAUCUGGAGGCUAGUCUUGACGAAGCUCAAGUUGAAAUACAAGCCUCAAAGAAACAACUCCGUGAAGUCAAUAAGACAGUGAACAACACAAAAGAUUCCCUUGAGUUCACCCAAGGCGAGCAAGAUGACCUUGUGGAACGCGUCGCAAACUGCGAAAACGAGCAGUCAACUUGUUCGGAUGAGCUGACUCAUUUAAGCAUCUAUAGUCGCCGAUGGAAUCUAAUUUUCUACAGAGUCAAUGAGUCCAAAGACGAGAAUUGUUUCUCACUGGUAGGUGACGUCUUAACCCAAAAUUUAAACCUGCCACAGGACGAAGUGUCGAAUAUGAAGCUUUGCGGUGCACACCGUCUUAGCAAGCCAAACAGAAACAGAGCCCGACCUCUCAUUGCUCGCCUCACGUUUCGUGCUGACAGAGAUCGCGUCUGGAACGCUCGUCACAGGCUGAAAAACCCGCGUAUUUCAAUGGGUGAAGACCUACCGAAGCACAUACAAGAAAUCAGGAAAAACGGUCAUAUCCCGGCGAUGAAGGAGAUAAAACAAGAAACAACUAGCCACAAAGCUACCGUCGUAGGAGAUAAGUUAGUUGUUAAUGGAAAAGUUUAUUUUCAUUAUGACGUGCCGAAGAAAUGGCUCCCUGUCAACUCUUAA